UGGGGGUCCGGCGGGAGACAGCCCCCCCGGUUAGGUUAGGUUACAUUAGGUUAGGUUUUUUGUCCUUAGGUUUUUUUUUUUAUCGCCAUAUCUCACCUCUUUUGGCUUCCGCCCCCCAAAACCUCGAUUCCCCACGUGACCCCAAGCUUGUGGGGGGGGAAGGGGGUAAUAGAAAAGAAUAUGUAAGGAGUUGCUGUUCUAUAGAUUUACCCAAGCUUGCUGCCCUUCAGAGUUAUGUGUAUCGCUUCCACCCACAAGUUAUCUUCAUUCAGGAGGCUUUCAUAGAAGGGCCUCGACACGACAGAGAGGUUCCUGUGUUGACAAGCUAUGUCUCCUAUGUCCACCACGCAAGAAAUGGGCUUAUUACUUACCUCCACUCAUCCGUACAACAUAAACUACUACGUUGUUCUACUGAUGUUGACACUACUUUUCAGCGUUUUGAAUUAACUCUUGGGGCUGGUCAGAUACAAAUAUGUAAUGUUUAUUGUGUUCCUGCUGGCCUAGUCACUGCAUCUUUUCCACCACCAGCAGGUCAAGGAAUGCUUUACAUGGGUGACUUUAAUGCCUCAACACCUAACACCAAUGGACGCCGUCUUCCCCAGUAUGUACGUACGUAGUAACCACCUCACACGCUGGCCUACUCAGGGUCUCUCACACGGGUCAGCCAGCACGCAUUUGGGAUAGGAGCAUCGUGACGUCAGUUGGGCCCAACAUAGGUUAAACACUUGAGCACACCUCUCCAUGGUCGAUCCCGCCGCUCAUGAGGUGACACAGUUUCAGGUCAGGUCAAUACGAUGCCUAGUUCCUGUUCAGUGCUUUGGUGCUAUAGUGACAAAGGGAAGACUGCAGGCACUGGAAUUAGGUACUUUCGAUUUCCCAAAAACGAUGAAAUUAGAAAGCAGUGGGUUCGUGCCUGUGACAAGGUCGAUGACUUUAAUUUUAAAAAUGCAGUGGUGUGCUCCAGACAUUUUAUGCCAAGUGACUAUGCAAGAGACCUCAAAAAUGAAUUUUUACAAACUGAAGUUCCAAGACGCAAGAGGUCAUUGAAAGAAGAAGCUGUUCCAUCCCUGUUUUUAACUCAAGAUGAGUGCUCAGCUCAAGAGACAACAAAUAAUGAUGUGGAUGAUGUUGGACUCAUACAGGAUGUGUCUUAUGUGUCAUGCACCUCCAGCAGUGAGACAAGAAUGGAACCCUUGCCAGAUGAGUGCUCAGCUCAAGACACAACAGGUACUGAUGUGGGUGAUAAUGGACUCCAGCAGGAUGUGUCUUAUGUGUCAUGCACCUCCAGCAAUGAUGCAAACCUGCCCUUGGACGUACAUAUUGCUGCAGGAUUUGCUGACACAAAAAAUGAUUGUACAAGUUUAAAAGAAGGUGGUUCUAUAGAAGAAACCAGGACAUGGGACAGAUUUGGAGGUUUUGAAGGAAUAGUUCAGGAAAGUGCAAUUGGUAUUAGUCAAUUGCUAGAAAAGAGAAUAGAGAACUUAGAAGAAGAAAACAGACAACUAAGGGAAAAAUGUGAGGCAUUGAAGGCUAAUGGGUCAGAUUCUAACAAAAAUGUUAUUCAAUCCACAUUUGAAACUGUUUUACAACCAAUUUUUACUAAAACACAAAUAUCGGCCUUAAUAAACAAAAAAAAAGUUAAAUCUUGGUCUGAGGAUGACAUAGGUGGAGCAUUUAUUUACUCUGAGAAGUAUUAGCACCAAGUGCUAUGAAUAUCUCAGAAAUGUAAAAAAAAUUCCAUUACCAUCUGUUUCAACCCUUAAAUGUGAGCCUGGCAUUCUGCAUUCAGUGUUGUCUCUGAUGAAGUCAAAGGCAGAUACAUUAAGUACAGUGGAGAGAGUAGCAGUUGUAUCUUUUGACGAAAUGAAUAUUGCCUACUGGUAGAGCGACGCAUGCUCGAGGAGGGAUGCUCAAUCAAGUCAUCACGUCUGGUCUGGCAGCAACCCGUGUCAACUGUUCUUCCAAUCCUUCUCUCUUCUCGGAUCACGUUGCCCUCAAGUUUCACUACUCUGCCAGCAGGUCCAGAAUCUGUCCACCAUCAUCCACACAUCAAGAUACCUCCAAAGUAUUGUCCUACAUACUGUGAUGAUAUACAUA